UUAGACGUUCUAUUUUUUUCUCAGACGCGAGUCAAUAAACGCACGAGCGCCAACGGUUUCUCCGCCCUUAUCCGAAGUGAAUUAAUCGAAUAAUAUUUGGCCGACAUCUGCGCCGUAAACUGUACUUGAGCAAUUACUGAACAUUUUAGUUUUUCGUGUCUAGUUAAAAGGUUUCACACCCCAUAGUUAAAACCCUACCGUGGGCUAUUGUGGGUCUAAAAUAUGUACUGAUCUAAAUUAACAUAGCUAAUUAUAUAACAAAACGAUAAGAAACAAAGACGCCUGUCAAGGUGAUUAUUUCGAAAGUGUAUUAGAUGGUGUAACUUUUCACCUUCAUAAGGAUCCAUGUCUUUUUUGCGCUGGGUAUCAGAAAAGCUGAGUGUGGAGAGCCUGAGGGAUUUGGAGUUAUUUGGUGAGCAAGCUCAGGCAAGCCCACUCAGGAAAGCCAAUGAGGACAGCUGUGAGUCUCUGAGCCCCCUCCCACCACGGGACAACAUGGGAACAUUUUUGCCUGACAGCAGUGCCUAUGAGCUCCUCACCAUCAUAGGUCGAGGCCUGGAGGACCUAAUGACGGUCAACUUUGUCAGAUACAAACCUACAGGAGAGCACAUUGCUAUUCGGCGCAUUGAUCUGGAGUCCUGCACCAAUGACAUGGUCAACUACUUGCAGGGAGAACUCCAUGUGUCUAAACUGUUCCACCAUCCCAGCAUCCUUCCUUACAAGAGUAUCUUCAUUGUGGAGAAUGAGUUAUGGGUGAUAACACCAUUUAUGGCCUAUGGUUCAGCACGGGAUUUGAUCAGCACUCACUUCACAGAUGGGAUGAGUGAGUUGACCAUUGCAUACAUCCUGCUCGGAGUGCUCCGGGCCCUAGAGUACAUUCACCAUAUGGGCUAUGUGCACCGGAGUGUGAAGGCUAGCCAUAUCCUGAUCUCAGCAGACGGCCAGGUGUACCUGUCUGGUCUGAGGAGCAUCUUCAGUCUGAUCGGACAUGGCCAAAGGGCACGUGUGGUCCAUGAUUUCCCCCAAUAUAGUGUAAAAGUGCUUCCCUGGCUCAGUCCUGAGGUGCUACAACAGAACCUUCAGGGCUAUGACUUCCGCUCAGACAUCUACAGUCUGGGAAUUACUGCAUGUGAGCUAGCCAAUGGUCAUGUGCCAUUUAAGGACAUGCCUGCUACCCAGAUGCUGUUGGAGAAGUUGAAUGGAACAGUGCCAUGUCUGUUGGACACCACCACUGUUCCACCAGAGGAGCUCAGCAUGAAGCCUUCCCGAUCAGGGGCUGACUCUGGCAUCUGUGAAGGUCCCGGGGCUGGGGGGGCCCGCCACACUAAUGGGGAGCCAUCCUCCUCCUCAGGGGCAAACCCUUACAGUCGCACCUUCAGCCCUCACUUUCACACCUUUGUGGAGCUGUGCCUGCAGAGGGACCCUGAGAAGAGACCUUCUGCCAGCAAUCUGAUUGGCCACCCCUUCUUCAAGCAGAUAAAGCGGCGUCCGUGCGAGGCCUUGCCCGAGCUGUUGCGGCCGGUCUCUCCCCUCAGCAGCUUUGAGUGUGUUCCACCCCAAGACUCACCCUCGGGACUGGCCAGCCUGGAAUCUGGUCUCAGUCAGCUGGAUGUGGAUGACUGGGACUUCUGAUGCAGGGAGAUGUAGGAUGGCAUGGGAUGAAUACACUUCUAGUGGAUGAUGGUGGGAAAAUUUAAAAUAAAAAGAUGCCUUGUUGUUCACCUGGAAGGUGGGAAGGGCAAUUGGGUGCAUGAUGUGUAUGUGUUUGUUAUUGAGUAGGUAGGGAAGGGAAAAUGAGGAGUUAAAGAGGGGGUCCAUGACUGCUGGUGGUCUCUGUAUAUAUUGUUUUGUAUAUAAUUGAAAGCACUUGAAAGAGGACUGUUGUUUCUUUAUCUCUCGUGGAGAUGUGCAAAGCCAGCAACCGCCACAGCCUUGCCUAACUGAUUACUCUCAGAAAGAUGCAGGAGUCUGAAAGCAUGCAUGUGCACACAUCCAGCAAUACUGCUUUUUCAGAGACAAGAUCACCAUGUUAGGAUGUUGGAUGCUCAGUUCUGUGCACUCUGGUACUGAUGAGUUGUGUUUUGUAAUUAUUUGAACAUGAUUGACACACUCUGUCAAUGUCUAAUAGCUUUAGCAUUGAUUCUCUCAGCACAGAGUUCUGUUUACAUAUACAGUGGAGCAUGGUGCGAUGAAAUCAAAUGCUUCUUAACUGUAUGGUUAAGGAGGAAUCAGGCAACAUUCACACGAUGCUGUUGAGAUUUCUGAGCUCGUCACAGUCCGUUGUACAAUGAACAUUGGUGAUGCAGUGUUUGCAUUUCCUUCAUGUUAAGAUGAAGCUAUGACCAUGGAAUGUUCUGAAGUGGGGACACUAUGUAGAGUUUCUCACAUGUGGAAUAUUGGAAAAAUAAAGAUUUAACCUAUCCAGGAUUUUAUGUAUUGCUCAACAUGCAGUCUUCAAGCAGAAAUAUGAGAUUAAAUUAUGGAUUUUGGA